AGGAAUUGACUGUGUCCUUGAAUUAGACAAAAUGAGAUUACGUUACAAGAGGGGAGUGUACCCUGGUACAGUAUAUCUUGAUCAUCAGGUGAUUGAUACUUAUAGUAAGGAAAUGUAUGUGGAACCAUUGAAAGAACCAGAGAAGAACAAUGAAGCACAGAUACAGGUGUAUGUUAUAAGAUGGCGUCCAUCACAAUGUUCAGUUGAUCCAAUAGAAGAAAUUAUACUGGAUAAUGAUGAUUAUGAUCCUAAGCAUGUUAUUGGAAAGCUGUCAGAGUUAAGUGGAGUUCCUGUUGAGUAUAUCUAUUAUACAGAGAGACUAUCAUUUCCAGCUGAGAUAUCAUGUCUUGAUAUUGAGAAUAGGUUGUACUGGUAUUCCAUCACCUCAGACAGACCAUACUCAUUACCACUAUAUGAUGAUGGAUAUGUCAUAUAUUACAAAGACAAAAGAGAGAGAAUGAAAGAGUUAACAGAUAAAGAGAGAUCAGAAAUACAAGAGGCAGAGUAUGCAAGGUUGGAGAGGAUUAGGGAAUGCAAAUCAAAGCAUGAGCAUAGAUAUUGGUAAUAGGAUUAACUGAAUGGAUUGGUUUAAUUUCUAAGCGCCAUGUUAAUUUUAUUUUUGUAAUUGCAAUCCUUCAAAAAAUAACUCACUAUGUAAUAAUUUUUUUAUAAAUA